AGGAUAGUUUUCUCCAUAGUGCGAGUGUGGUAGAGUCCUGCUAAUGUUCACUGAAUUAAGAAACCCGGGAUUGAUGCUUCUGGAGAACUUCAUAAACCGCUGUUUCCAGCACCGGAAAUCCUAUAUGAAGAUGAUAAACUGCUUUAAAAAUGUUUUCUUGGCACACACUAGUUACAGUCCAGAUCAAUGUUGAGUUAUAACCGCAUAGCAAAGAGAUUUCAAAGCACGCUUUGUUGCAUUAAAUAACAACUCAGGGAUUGUUGAGCAAUCCAUCCAAGUGCUCCAGCGGUCCCGGUGGUUAACAAAGGAUAUCCAGAAAAAUACCUAUAUUUAAAACUUAAUCGACUAAAAUAACUAGCUUUUGGGGUUUUGUGGUGUGGUGAGCCAUUGGUUCUGACCAGGGGUACGCACAAACACCCGUGUGUUCGUGAUGGAGGUGGAGUCAGACUGCCAACUGAAAUUGGUUGUUAGUCUAAGAGUCAGUCAUAGUGAUAAUCUUCACAAAAUAUUUAGGACGAAUACAUCUGUCAGAGGGAGAACCGUGGAGCUUCGACCAGUGAAUAUUUGGGAGCCAGUUAUUUUAUGAACAUCUGAACCUGAGCUGGAGUUGUCUUGAUUUCAGAAAGAAAAAUGGCUGACCGGAUGCAGAGAGAAUCCUUGAUGAUAAUGAUGAAGAAAACCAUGAUGCUGCUGAUCUUAGUACUCCUAACUCAGCCUCUUCAAUCACAAAGCAGACCAGACAUCCAAGAGGAGGCAAUGGCUCCAGUUUGGACUCAUCCUGAUAAGAUGGAGAAUAAGCUCCUCGAGGUUCCCGCCAGCAAAACGGUCAAGUUUCGUUGCCUGGCCAAUGGUAACCCUACACCAACUCUCAAGUGGCUCAAAAAUGGCAAAGAGUUUAAGAAAGACCAGCGAAUCGGAGGCUUCAAGAUUCAGGAGAACAUGGGGACCAUCAUAAUGGAGUCGGUGGUGCCGUCAGACAAAGGCAACUACACCUGCCUGGUGGAAAACAAAUACGGCAGCAUCAAUCACACCUACCAGCUGGACGUAGUCGAGCGUUCACCGCACAGGCCCGUCCUCCAGGCCGGUUUGCCUGCUAACCGCACCGCAGUGGUGGGAAGUGACGUGGAGUUUGAGUGUAAAGUCUUCAGUGAUCCUCAGCCACACAUCCAGUGGCUGAAGCACAUCGAGGUGAACGGCAGCAGAGUCGGCCCUGACGGACUGCCGUACAUUCGAAUCUUGAAGACGGCAGGCGUCAACACUACGGAUAAGGAGAUGGAGGUACUGCAGAUCAGGAAUGUGUCUUUGGAGGAUUCUGGAGAGUACACCUGCUUGGCUGGGAACUCUAUCGGCCACUCCCAUCACUCUGCAUGGUUGACUGUCUAUAAAGAGCAACUACCCUCUCCAGCCUCUACUAGAGAAGAAAUGCUGGAACUGCAGAGAGACGUCCUAGAGCUACAAAAGACAAAACUGCAAUUAGAGAUCGAAAAACUUAAAAAGGAGAAGGAAAAUCAAGACUUGUACACCAUAAUUCUUAACAAACUGUUGCAGCAACAAAGUGAAGAAUAGCCCAAGUGUCCUGUUGGCAUGUCGGCAUCAUCCUCCAGUCCAGCCCGGGCUGUCCUACACAUAUCCUCUGUUCUGACACCUGCUCUUGACUGUGUAUUUUUCCCACUUAUGGUAGUUUUUGUUAGUUUGUUUGCAUAUUGAAUCAAAUAAAAUCCACCAUUUUCUCUGC